AUGACCAAUAGUGAUGAUGACGACCAUUCUGCCAACCCUAAGAACAGCCAUUCAACGUUAACAACAACAACCAAACACAUCAAGGUCGAGAAAGGAAGUAAAUUCAAACACUUUCUGAGUCAUGAUAUUCACCACCUUCUCCCACCAUCAUCAUCACCGUCGACCUCCUCCUCCUCCGAAGAGACCUCACAGAUCAUGACCAUAUUUGCAAAUGAUGAUGAUGAUCAUCCAAUGAAUUUAAUGAACCAUCCUCAGCAUCGAUUACCAAAGGAGAGUAGAAGUUUUGAUGAUGAGAAUGGAUCUUCCAUGAUCAGAAGCAGUGUGAAUCAUCAUGAUCCCAUCAUGAAAGUGAAUCACGAUGAUAAGAGUAAUAAUAACAACAAGAACACUUCAUCAAUUGAUCAUCAUUUCACAUCAGCAGCAAGAGAAGGUUUUUCAGCACAUAAUGAAACAAUCCUCUCUCCGGAGACACUUCUUUCAUCAUCGUUUUGGGAACGAUUGCGUUCAAUUAAUGAUGAUGAUGAUGACAAGGAUUCUCAUUCUUUCGAUAGGAAUCACAUUCAUGACGACGAUGAGAUUCAUCAUGAUGAAUAUGAAGAAGGACUUGUGGAACAUUUAAGAACAAUGAAAGAACAGAAGUCUUCCAAUGAUCUUGAUGAAUCUAAGGAGCAAGAACUUUAUGAACCCUUAUUUCCACAUGUGGAAAAUCCAUUUUACUGUCAAAUGGCUUCGAGACUUUUCAUGCUUGAAAAGUAUCGUUUACAACAGAACAACAUGUUGUUGGAUCCUCAUGAGCAGCACGCGACACAAGAAGAGACAAUAUUCUUGAAAUCUUUACACAUGCAUGACGAUCAUUUUGAACAUUUACUUGAGAAUGAUUCUUUUGAUGAUUCUACAAGGACAACCUCUGCAACCAAUACGGAACGUGAACAUUUAGAAAUAUUGGCUCUCGAAAUUAUCAAAUGUGAUGCCUUGUUGAAAUUGAGAAUGGACGUGGCAAAAGAGAGACGUGAAAAAAGUCGACGCAUUAGAUCGUUUCAAUAUUUACUUGUCUCCAAAAUGGAUGUGUAUCUGAUGGAUGUUUGUGUGUUGUUGUACGAUGUGUUGAAACUCCAUCAGUUUGAGGAAAAAUUGCGAGAUGAGAACACAUUAUUGGAAAAUGUUCAAAAUGCUAUGAUUCAUGUCUUUUUUAAUUUGGGAGAAUUGUGUUACUUUAUUUGGGAAGAAGAGAAAUCAUCCAUUUGUUUUAAACGGUGUGAAAAAUUGUUGAAUCAAAAGAAAGAAAAAGCAGGUGGAAUUCUCUCCGAUCAAGAUUGUGCUCUUGUGGUGGAAUGUCUCAUUUAUGGAAUGGUCGACUCGUUAAAUAAUAACUCAGGAAAUAGUACCUUAGGCAUGGAAACGAAAUUUGUAAAACCCAUGCAAGAAUAUCUUUCGAAAUUUUGCAAUGUUGAACACAUGGAUGAAUUAAUGAGCUCGAAAAAUAUUCGAUGUGACAUGAAUACCAUUGCUAAAUGCAUUUUACGUACUCGAGUGAAUUGUAUGGAAUCUCUUGUGAAUUACAAGUAUGGAGAUUCGAGUGAUAUGGAAAAAUAUGUUAAAAAAGCAAUUAAUUUUGUGAAUAUUCAAUCGACCUUUGAUCGAACACAUCUUGAAUUGCAACAAUAUUUCGAUAUGGAUGAAUUUUAUUGUCGAUUGGGAGCCAUCUGUACAGGAAGGGUUGAAUUGUUUAACGCAAUCACAAAUUUCAACAAUUCUCUGAAAAUUCGUAGAAGAUUCUACAUUAGAACUUUGGUCAACAAAUACAUUGCUAUCAAUAAUCAAUCGAUGGAGAGCGUUUUAUUACUCACACUUGCAGUUUAUUACAAUUUAUUGGCUCAAUUGGAAUGCUCGAAAUUUAAGAAACUUACAGAGAGACAGUGGAAUGCAGAUCCUUUCCAUUUCUUAAAAUAUACACUCAUGAGUUCUGUAUUUGAGGCGGAAAAAGUGUUUGAACAAGAGAUUCGAGAUCCUUUGAAUUUUAUUCAACAACAAGACUGGGAAGAGCAUACGGUUCGCAAGUGGUUGUGGAAUAUUGAAAAACUGCUCCACCAGAAAAAGGAACAAGAUGUCAUUUACAAGGAAUUGAUCGAGAAUGAAUUGGUGUUGAUAGACAAGUUGAAUGAAAUUGCUAGAGAAGAGGCCUAUGUGGCAUUGUCUAUUCCUAAACUCAUACAAAAUCAUUUUGUCGAUCUGUACAUAAAAACCCACUAA